UCUUUCUUAUCUUCUGCUUCACCAAUCACCACACCAAUCUACACAUCCCCAUCAAUAAUUUAAUACAAAUUCAACCUCCAUUAUCUCUGGUUUUUCGUUCACUCAACCUCUAUAUUCUUCUUUUUAACAUUUCAUAGUUCUAUUCUAAACCAAACACAAGCACACAAUUUGGUACAUAUAAUAUUACACACCCAAUUUGUCAUAAUAUGAUAUCAGACACUUGGUGCAGUUUGCAUUGGAUUUCGAAAAGGACUCAGAUCUGAAAGUUUCAAUCUUUGAGCUCCUUGAACUGGUCUUUGUGGAGAACAAGUUGAGUUUAUGUGUGGAACUAUUGGAGGUGGUUUCUUUGUGAAUAUUUGGAAUUGGGUUUGUUGUAGGGUUUGAAUUGUUGGUGGGUGUUUGUGAAAGUUUGAAUCUUUUGGGAGGUUGGAGGCUCUUUUUUUUGGUUGAGCUAUGGAUGCAGGGUCACAUGAUGUUCAGGGUAGCAGUGUGGUGUUGGGUGGGGUUGAUCAUAAUUCCCUUGAGAAGUCAAGGAAUUCUGUUGUUUGGUCAGUUGUUGAGUCUGUCAUUGUUGAGGCAGCUACCGCUAUUCGAAAAACUGAAGAUUUAAGGGCAUUGAGUGGUGAAUUAGGGUCUAAUAAGGCUGCAGGUGAAGAAGGGGUUGAGAGACUGAAUGAUAAGGAGGCAUGUGUGCCGCAUGAUAGUAGUGAUGUUUUGAGUCAUACUGAGCUUGAAGCUAGUAAGAACUCGAGUAAUUCGGCUGAUAGGAAUGUGUCUGAGACUGUGGUUGUCAUCGUUGCUGGUGAGGCUUCUCGUGCUACUGGAGAUUGUGGAAGAUUGAGAUUAGAGGGUGAUGAACUGGGGUCAAGUAAGGUGGAAGAGUCGAAGAUGAAGGUGCCUGAGAAAGAGACGGAUUCACAUGUGAUUAAUAUCAAGUGUGGGAGUGGUAAAUAUGAACUGGGGUCAAGUAAGGUGGAAGAGCCAAAGAUGAAGGUGUCUGAGGUAGAGAGGGAUUCACAUGUGAUAAAUAUCAAGUGUGGGAGUCGUAAAGGAUUUGAUGAUAAUUGGGAGGGGGAAAGAGUUUGUAGGAUAUGCCAUUUAAGUUCUGAUCAAUCACCGGACAGAAAAACAGAAAGUAGUUCCUGUUCUAUCACUAUGGAUUUAAUUCAUCUUGGUUGUGAGUGUAAAGAUGAAUUAGGCGUUGCACAUGCUCAUUGUGCUGAAGCAUGGUUUAAGCUAAAAGGAAACAGAAUCUGUGAAAUUUGUAGUGAAACUGCAAAAAACGUUACAGGUCUUGGGGAUAACAGAUUUUUGGAGGAGUGGAAUGAUAGAAGGUUUUCUGGUCUUGGUGCAAACACAGUAGAGAGGAAUGUAGGAUGUUGGCGGGGACAGCCAUUUUGCAAUUUCUUAAUGUCAUGCCUGGUAAUAGCUUUUGUGCUGCCAUGGUUUUUUCGUGUAAAUAUGUUCUAGUCAGCGUGAUAAAUCAAGGUACUUCUGCAGUUCUGCUGCAUUAUUGUGCUAACCUUGCGUAUGGUGGCGUCGUGUUGAUUCUUCCAACAAAAUACAGUGCAAUUCAAAGGAACUUUUCUGGUCUUUCAUACAUGUAUACAUACUCUCCGGGGUUCUGCAUUAGGCGCUGGAGCUAUGAAGUUUCAGAUUAUUGGAGUCGUUUCAUGGACAUUAGGACCAUACUGUAGCUAGUUGCUGCUUCCCUUUUUCGGGUACAAUUUGCUGCUUUGUUUCAGUUUGCGUCUUAGAUUCUUCUUUAGGUUUUCUUGAACUUUCACAUAGAAAACUAGGAGGAAAAAAGGGCCAAAUCUUAUUCCUUGGAGCUUCCUUGAAAUUUUGGCAUCUUUGUUGUGCACUCCAUAGGAAAAACUGAAGCUGGUACUGGUUUGUGUUCUGCGAGUUAAUAGUGCAAUAUUUGGUAGUGUUUAUGGUUCCAGUUUUUUGGAAAAGCUA